CCUUGUUGAGCAAUAAUCUCAGAGGAUAGACAAGUAUCCUAAACAAGCUUCAGUUAUGGAGAGGUCAAAUCAAGAGCCAUCUGACUCUCAAAAGAUGGCAAAAAAACAGAUCGCAGAGAUUGCAUCUCGGAAACCUCCCGUGAAAUGGGAUACGGAAUUGGUAAUAUUAUUCUAUAUUUUAUCUGUGUCUCUGGAUCCUUUGUUAUUCUACGGUCUUAUCCUCAACGACGAGAGGAAGUGUGUCGUAGUGGACACAAAAUUGGAAAAAAUAGCUAUUGUUUUGCGAUCAUUGGCAGAUCUUUCCUACAUAUGGUCCAUUAUUCGUGAUAUUGGUGGGAUUGCUGAAAUUAUUGUAGCGCUUAUGACACGUCCAGCAGUUUUCCGGAGCAUCUCAAUGGCCAUUUUAGCUGUUCUUCCUGUUCCGCAAAUAGCAAUUUUAGUUUUCUUUCCAACGCUGCGGGCCUCAAGAGCUUUGAACAGAAUGAGGGUUAUGAAUUCACUUAUUCUGUUGCAAUUUGUGCCACGAAUUUAUCCCAUCUACAAAUACUGCAAAAUACUUAACACGAAGAAACUCGACAAUUAUAUUUCUGACCUAGAGCAUAAAACAUGGAUUCCAGGAUUUCUUAAUUUCAUCCUAUACAUCCUUGCUAGUCAUUUCUCUGAUUAG